CCGGGCUCGCAGAGGCUGCACGGUGUGGGAGGCCUGGCUAACCGGCGCUUGCCUUCUCCGCAGGUGCUGUUGGCAGCAGCCGUCUGCACAAAGGCGGGGAAGGCCAUCGUCUCCCGGCAGUUCGUGGAGAUGACUCGAACCCGCAUCGAGGGGCUGCUGGCGGCUUUCCCAAAGCUGAUGAACACGGGGAAGCAGCACACCUUUGUGGAAACGGAGAGCGUGCGGUACGUCUAUCAGCCGAUGGAGAAGCUCUACAUGGUGUUGAUCACCACCAAGAACAGCAACAUCCUGGAAGACCUGGAAACACUCCGACUCUUCUCCAGAGUGAUCCCUGAAUAUUGUCGAGCUCUGGAGGAGAAUGAGAUCUCCGAACACUGCUUUGACCUGAUUUUUGCCUUUGAUGAAAUUGUUGCCCUGGGCUACCGUGAGAAUGUAAACCUGGCGCAAAUUCGGACCUUCACCGAGAUGGACUCGCAUGAAGAAAAGGUGUUCCGAGCAGUCCGAGAGACUCAGGAGCGCGAAGCAAAAGCUGAGAUGCGCCGUAAAGCGAAGGAGUUGCAGCAGGCCAGGAGAGACGCAGAGAGACAGGGCAAAAAGGCACCCGGGUUCGGUGGCUUUGGUAGCUCGGCCGUGUCUGGGGGCACAACGGCAGGCAUGGUACACGAGGCCACCAUUACAACCGAGGGAGGAGGAAUCUGUUGCCCUGAGCUGACUCGGAGAUUCUUGUGCCUUUUGUUUAGGCCUUCAGGUCCCAGUAAAGCCUUGAAACUCGGCGCUAAGGGGAAGGAGGUGGACAACUUCGUGGACAAGCUGAAAUCAGAAGGAGAAAAUAUCAUGACUUCCGUAGGCAAGCGCUCUACAGAAGCAGCCAAAGUUCUUGCUCCUCCCAUUAACAUGGAGAGCGUGCACAUGAAAAUAGAGGAGAAAAUUUCCUUGACUUGUGGCCGUGACGGGGGCUUGCAGAACAUGGAGCUGCACGGCAUGAUCAUGCUGCACAUUUCCGACGAAAAGUUUGCACGGAUUCGCCUGCACGUAGAAAAUGAAGACAAGAGGGGAGUGCAGCUACAGACUCACCCCAACGUGGACAAGAAGCUUUUCACUGCAGAAUCGCAGAUUGGUUUGAAGAACCCUGAGAAGUCAUUCCCUAUUAACAGCGACGUGGGCGUGCUGAAGUGGAGGUUGCAGACGACGGAAGAGUCCUUCAUUCCAUUGACGAUUAACUGCUGGCCAUCAGAAAGCGGGAACAGUUGCGAUGUUAACAUUGAAUACGAGUUGCAAGAGGAGAGCCUAGAGCUGAACGAUGUGAUCAUCACCAUCCCCUUGCCGUCCGGUGUUGGCGCCCCGGUGAUUGGGGAGAUUGAUGGCGAGUAUCGCCACGACAGCCGGAGAAAUCUCCUCGAGUGGUGCCUGCCAGUGAUAGAUGCCAAAAACAAGAGUGGCAGCCUGGAGUUCAGCAUAGCAGGGCAGCCAAAUGACUUCUUCCCCGUGCAAGUCUCCUUCAUCUCCAAAAAGAACUAUUGCAACAUACAGGUUACCAAAGUGACCCAGGUAGACGGGAACAGCCCUGUAAGGUUUUCCACCGAAACCACCUUCCUGGUGGACAAGUACGAAAUCCUGUAACGCCAGCCGUGGGGAAUCGCAGAGGAAGAAAUUU